AUGGCAAAGCUCAUGAGUGGCAUGCGAAAUGUUCAGACACUCUACUUCAACUCCACUACUCUCGAGGUGCUUUCUCUAUGUUGCGAGUCAAUGCCCGUGUUCAACAACCUCAAAGUGUUAGGUUUUUAUAGUGGUGAGAGUCCAUGGCAAGCAGUGCCAGUUCUCCUGAAGAACUGUCCACAUCUAGAAACUCUAUGCAUUACGGGUCUUCUACAUGUUGUGACAGAAACAUGCGGAGAUGUUUGUGACUGCAUUCCCCGGGAGGAUAAAGGCCGUUCAAUCACAUCUUGUCCGGUGAAGAGAAUAGAGAUUGAAGGGUUUAUAGGAACAAUGAGAGAGAUUACAAUGAUCAGUCAUUUCUUGGAGUAUUUUCCGUGUUUGGAAGAGAUACUAAUCACCGUUGAAGGGAACUGUCCUAGACAGUUGGAUGUCCCUGAAGCUACUGAUUUUAGAGCGCAGAUGUUGGAACUCUACUACAAGUCAUUUAGCUGCGAUGUGGAGAUUUUUGUCUGUGAGUCUCUGAGUAGAAAAUUGACUGCACAACAAAACGUAACAGAUAAUCCAUCUGCUUGA